CGUGGUCACUGGUCGGCGUAGUGGUCUUUGCGAAGGAAUGUGGCAGCUGUUUGUCGAUAUGACUACGAGACAGACGUUUUGAGAGAAAAAAGAUGUCGGAGCUGCAGUUUCCCGUCUUAUUAGACAAACGCAAUGCUGUGGACAAAGCAGUUGUUACCUCCACCACUAACUGGCAAGAAAAAGCAUCUAGUCACUUUUAAGAAAAUUUAAAAACCGUCAGUAUAAAGUAAAUUGGCCUCAUAUUCACUUUGAUCCAUGGAGACCUAGUUAUCUUUCCAUCAGGAAACGCUGCUAUAAUAUCUGUCUUCAUUUUCACGUGAGAAGUUGUCAGGUGGAGUCUUGAUCUUGCAGCCACAUCAGCUUGUGAAGACUCAAAAUGUUUUCGGCACUGAAAAAGCUGGUAGGAUCUGAGCCAGGGCAGCCCAGAGAGAAAACUAUCCCUGCCGGAGUGCAGUCGAUGAACCAAAGUUUGCAGAGGCGCUUCGCCAAGGGGGUCCAAUAUAACAUGAAAAUAGUCAUUCGGGGAGAUAGAAACACUGGAAAGAGUACUUUAUGGUAUCGAUUGCAAGGGAAGAAAUUUGUGGAGGAGUACAUACCCACUCAAGAGAUCCAAGUCACAAGUAUUCAUUGGAAUUAUAAAAUUGCUCCAUAUCAAGCCACUGAUGACGUAGUAAAGGUAGAGGUGUGGGACGUGGUGGACAAAGGCCAAAAAUGCCCUCUUCACGAAGGUGUAGGCAAAGGCAAGCGGCGUGGAGACAAUUUAAAGCUGGAGAAUGAGCCACAAGAGUCUGAUGAAGUGGCCCUGGAUGCAGAGUUCCUGGAUGUGUACAAGAACUGCAAUGGAGUAAUCAUGAUGUUUGAUAUAACCAAGCAGUGGACAUUUAAUUACAUCCUGAAGGAGCUGCCCAAAGUACCCACCCACGUGCCAGUGUGUGUCCUGGGGAACCACAGGGACAUGGGAGAACAUCGUGUCAUUCUACCCGAUGACAUAAGAGAAUUUAUUGCUGGAUUAAACAGGCCAAUGGGAUCAUCCUAUAUCCACUACGCUGAAUCUUCUAUGAAGAAUGGUUUUGGUUUGAAGUAUCUGCACAGGUUCUUCAACAUCCCCUUCCUUCAGUUACAGAGAGAGACUCUUCUGAGACAACUUGAGACCAACCAGCUGGACAUGGAUGCCACCCUGGAGGAACUCUCCGUCCAACAAGAGACUGAAGAUCAGAACUAUGAAAUUUUCCUGGAGAACCUGGAGUCUCGCAGUAAGGGCUAUGCUUCUCCUGGUCCAGCUAACGGUCAGAGUCCUUCAUCUGGUUCCCAGUCUCCCAUCGUCCCUCCUAGUGGGGCCUCCACAGGCAGCUCCAGUCCUAGCACACCACAGCCCCCCAUACUCCCCCAGGCGCUUCCUCAGUCACCAUCUGUGUGUUCCCCAUCCCCUCCACCUCCUGCAGCCAUGGUUGGUGGGACAGCCUCACCCACAGCUGAGCUGAAGGCACCAGCACAAACACCCGAACACCAACAGCCUUCAGCUUCACCUGGGGGGUCAGCCCCUCAAAAACGCAGUUUCAUCUCCCGCUGGUUUGGCUCGUCUUCUGCAGCUGAGGCUCCUGCAGUGGCACCAGAUGAUCCUCCUGCGCCCAUGUGUCCUGAUAAGAUGCAGAGUGUGGAUGAUUUUGUACCAGAUGAAAGACUAGACAGAAGUUUCCUAGAGGACAGUGUGCCCUUGAAGAGCAAGGUUUCCCAACCUGCACCAGCUCCAGCUGCAGACAGCGACAGUGAUGGAGAAGCCAGAGGAAACCCAAUGGUGUCUGGUUUCCAAGAUGAACUUGAUCUUGAUGACACUGGUCCCAGCCUCCACCUGCCUAAAACUCUGCCCCCCAGUAAAGAUGUCACUUUGACCAGUGAUGAGGAGGAGGGAGAACAGGUCGCCCCCACAGUCACACAAGAUCAGAACCUGGACAGUGAACCUGAGCUGAAAGCCCCAGUGAUUCACUCCACAAAACCAAGUGGGUCAUUAAAAGGUGCAGAGCCCAGGGGUCAGACAGCUGCACCCAUCUCUCUGACCUUAACUCCUGCUGUCGAGCAGCCACGUCGACAUCAGACCAAAAAGAAAGGAAGCACACCCAAAGCAGAGGAAUCCGAUACAGACCCAGAGACCCCUGUGGCCCAGCAGAUGCUCUCCUUCAUUAUGGAUGACCCUGAAUUUGAGUCUGAAGCAUCAGACACACCAAAAAUUACAAAGGAUAUCUUUCCAGUUCGAGAUGAGCUAUUGUCAGAUCUCUCUGAUGAUGAUAUACAUUCAGCCAAGGUGCCAGAACCACUGAAGCCCACUGUGAUCUCUUUCAAGCCCAAGGAUGAUACUGACCUGUUUGGUCUUGGAAUCCAAGAAGGGCCUCCUGCCACCAAGGACAGCAGCGAGGACCAGGAAGAGAAAGAAAGCAAACACUCCUCCAAAGAGAAGAAGAAAAAAAAGAAGAAAAGCAAAGAGGAGGACGAAAAGAGCAAAAAGAAACAAAAACACAAGAAAAAGGAAAAAGACAAAGCUGCAGCGGGAGAUGAGAAGGAGAAAAAAAAGAAAUCUCGACCCAAGAAUACAGAAGUGGAUGAACUGGAGGACUUUCUGGGCGGAGGAGCCGGAACAACCAAUAGAGACGAUGGUGAUUAUGAAGAACUAUAAGAGAUUCUGUUUGAGUGGGAUCAGGAGCUGCAGAAGAGUGAGCGUGUGGUUGUUUAACAAAGAAAAUAAACCCUGCAGGUUCUUAAACGUGUGUGCAUAAAACAGCAUUUCUGAAGCCAUACACUGAACACAAGGCCAUGGACCAAAACCAGGUCCAGUAAGAGAAUUCUGCUUCCUGUGCUCCCUCAGACAGCUGUUUCUCAUCUCAUGUCAUUUCUUUUCCAAUAAGAAAAAUGCAAAAAUCCCCACAUGUAUUGUAAGAAAUCAUUAGAUGAAAUUUGAUGAUUAUGAUCGCAGAAAAGUUUUUUGAAAUCAUUUCAUUGGAGUUUUCUUUAGUUUGAUGCAGGUGAUCCACUCCACACGAGCUGCUGUAAAUAGAUUUAAUCUGAAUGUUUGUGUGCUUGGUGUAGUUCUUUGCGAGCAUGCUCAAAGUGAUGACUGACUCUUUAAAGACUUCGUAGUGUUCUUUCCUUGUUUCCCUCAUGGGUUCAAACGAUUACUAGCAGCUUUAGUCUUGUGUUUAACUAUUAAAACUAAAGAGGAUGCUACAUCUGUUGAUUUAAAGAAAACUUCAUUUUUCCCCUUUCGCCAAGUCUGCUGGAGCUGAAAAUGAUUUUUAUUUUUGCUGUGUUCUCGCACUCAACUGUUGUCCUUUUACCACACUUAUUUGUCUCCAAAGAGGAGAUAUCUUUAAAUUGUUUAUGAAAUAUUAGGAAGGCUGAACAUUGGAAUCUGUCUUUAGGCUGCGUCUUCACUGGUUGUGUUCCGACAUGUACUUUCCUUCACAUCAGAAACACUUUGGUAGAUUUCAAUAAACAGAUUCAUGUUUUACACUCACACAUGUAUAAUCUGCCAUUAAAGGGAUAUUUCUGCCAUUUUGAAAUUGGGUAUAAAGUAAAGUUAGGCAACAUUAAUGUUUAACUUGUGGUAGAUAAUUGUUUGAACAACCUCAGUUUGAAGAAACAGAAUUUAAUUCUGACAGGAUUGAUGAGCUAAUGGCUAGUCUUGAAUGCAGCCAAGCCCAAAGUGGGUUACUGCCAUCUUCCAAUAACUCCAGUCUUCUAAAGUUCAGCUUUGUAUGAGGGGUUCUUACACAGUUUGGAAAAGUGUUGAAUUUGGCUUCAGUGUUUUUCAGCCCUGGAUGCGUGUACACAAAUGGAUCAUGAAAAACGUUAACGUCUACAAUUUCUAUCUCUGAUUCAGUUUUUUUCCAUGCUCAGACAAGUAAAGGGUCAUCUACCACAUCAAGCUUUAGAGUAAAGGUUUAGACCAUCAGUGCCUUGGUUCUGAAGGUUUUGACUUAAAACCUGUGCGACGUACAGCCUGAUAGCCAGAAGUGGUCUAUGGAGGUCUCCAUCCGGUCUCCCUGUUUCCUGAGAUUAAACCUUUAAAAUAAGCAAAAGAUUUCUCUGAUGAAACUUCAGAUGACUUUAGGCUACACGGUUACAUUUUAGAAGUAAAUUAACAAAACAUUUUUUCUUUGCCUGUUGAGUGAUAGUUUGUGGUGAACAUAAAUUAAUCAAAAGCAAAAUAUAUCCCUAAACUUACCUGACUUUAAGUUAAACAUUUUACCACAAGUAGCUGUUUAGAAAGCAUGUCUGAUACUCUGAGAGUAUCUGGGAAUCAAUUUUUUAACCGAGCCUGAAAUAAUAUGGAAUUUCUCGUUGGAACUCGUGUACAGCAAGGUUCAUUAUAUGGAAUGUUGGGGUUCUUUACAAGCUCAGAUAGCAGCAGCGAGCUCUAACCCUGCAACACCAGGAAAUUUCCUUAUGGAAUUUCAUAACAUUUUUCCCAAAAAACAUGUAAUGUAAAAGUGAUAAUGAUUUAAGCAUUAACAUGAAUCAAUAUGAAAUUUUAAGACUGAAGAUGUUUAAAGAUGUGGGUUUGCUCAAACGUUAUUGAUGAGCUAGUAAUAGCUAACACAAUGAAAGGACCUACAUUCAGUGGAUUAAAAAACAACUCCAGUCAUCAAAACGUUAAAACUGCUGCUGUAAACAUGAUUUAAGCCUCCCGUUGCUGUCAUUUUCUCAUGUCAUGGUUAUUUUGACUGAAAUAUAAUAUUCCUAUAGGUAGUAACCCAGGCUGCACGAGAUCUAAUACAUCUAUCUGCUGCUGUUGUUUGUGUUUGCAGAUUUUUAUGUAAAUAACUAAGCUGUAACUGUUUGUCAGGCAUAGGUGAAAGGCCAGUUACAUUUUUUCUUAAAUGUCUGGGUGUGCAUCUGUCUGUUGUGUUAAAUAUCGCAUGAACCUGUGAAUAUAUUUGAGUGCUACUCAAUGAAAGUAAGAUUUUACAUUUGAUUGUCUUUUUGAGUCAUGCACAGCUUGUCAUCCCUAGCAAACACAAACAUGGUUACAACUCAGCUGCUUUUACAGAUCUUGAGCUAAAAUCUGAUGUGGUUGAAGCUAAGAGUCAUUUACAACACAUUCUCUGUAUAACUUUGCCAUUAACAACAGGAUCUGUUAGCAAAAUAUCUCAUGAACUACAGUAAAGAUUAGAAUGAAACUUGUAAAAAGUUAGUGUUUUUAACAUUUUGAUAUCAACACAAAACAGGAUGACUGUUAGAGACUGUUAUGAAACAGCCAGUUUUACUUAUAUGGAGGUAAGACUUGAGUGGUAGUAGCUGAGAAUCAUUUGCUUCACGUGAGAUUGUGCAUGACGUUUAUAAGGUUUGAACAAAACAAGCUUGUCUCUUCGCAUAAUAAGGAUUUUAGUCAAAAACUUGUGUAAAAGGCAGUGGGUGAGAUAUAUUCCCUUAACAUGUGCUCUAACACCCCGCAGAUCAGAGCUAUUAUAAAACAGCAAAUGACUUUGGUCUUAGCUGCACUCAGACUAGCUCUUAGCUCAUCAGUGCUGUCAGAAGGAAACUUUGUUUCAAACUUAUUAUUAUUUCAGAGAGUUUCUACAACGUGUAGCCAUUUAAACUGCUGAUCACCUUUCCACAGAGCUUCACUGCAGAAUGGCUGGAAUAUCCCUUUAAGUUCAGAUCAGGUCUGUUUAGAGCCAACAGUGGAAGGUUGUGAUUCAGAUUGUGUUACAGGAUGACGGUGGAAUCAGCCAGGUGUGUUUCUGUGCACCUGCCUUCCAGAAAGUUCCUCUGAAGGUCUGACGUGUAGCUGAACCAGCUCGGGUCUUUUACUCUCAAGUGUUGGGUUUCAUGUUCCACAACUUCUGGGUCUGCUGUAAAUCAGUACAUCCAUUUUUAUCUCCCACCAAUGAAGGUGAAGAUGUUUUUACACGUGUCAGUGUGUGUAUGUUCAUUUGUCUGUAGUGUUAUCAAAAUAUCUCAAGAGCCACUCCAUGAAUUUUGACAAAAACUACCAAAGUCAUCUUUGUAUCCACGAAUAAAGCUGAUUAACUUUCGGA